CUGGUCCAGGCCGCAGUCCGGACCGCAUCUCGCUUUAGGAAACUUUCGUUCUACAGGAAAAUCGAAGCAAUUCACACGGCCUUUCAACGAGGAUGCACGAGUGAAGGCGUUUGCAACUUGCAGCGUUCGUCCGAGUCUCAUCUGCCAAGUGCCCUCAGGCGUGUCGCAAGGAUGCUGCUGUUUGCUCUGCUCGUUCUUAGCCACGCUGCACUGGGUUUGCCUAAUGCUGAUGACGUCACGAUCUCACCUUGGGGAUCGACUGAGAGUCCGCCAAUAACAACUCAUGUACCAGUAACUACAAGAAAGAAACCUGAUGACUUGGGCAUACGAUUGCCUAGCUCCUUGAAACCACUCCAUUACCUGGUCAAACUCCAACCCUUUAUCAAUGGCAACUUUAGCAUCUUCGGCUAUAUGGAGGUGGAGAUGGAGGUGCUGGAACCGACCUCCAAAAUCAAGCUCCACAUGGCCGACAUAAUCACCCAAAAUGACACAAUAAAGGUGUAUACUCCUGGUAAAACCGGAAGCCAAGCUGUGAGGAUCAAGAAGCAUGAGUAUGAUCAUGAUCGUCAGUUUUAUAUCGCCCAUCUGAAGAAAGAGCUGCAGAAAGGAAAAAAGUACAUUCUUUCUAUGGAGUUCCUUGGUUAUCUCAAUGACAAGCUGCACGGGUUCUACAGGUCGACCUACAUGGAUGCUGAUGGCAACACUAGGAAUGUUGCUGUGACACAGUUUCAGCCCACUGAUGCCCGCAGAGCCUUCCCUUGUUUCGAUGAGCCUGCCCUGAAGGCAACCUUUGAAAUUCAGCUCGCGAGGGAAUCUUGGAUGACGACCCUCUCCAAUAUGCCCAUUGCCGAAACUGUGCCUAUCGUCGGGCAAGAGGGUUGGGUGUGGGACCGUUACGAGAAGAGCGUCCCCAUGUCCACCUACCUCGUCGUCUUCGUUGUAUCGGAUUUUGUUCAAAUCAACAGUACAGUGAAUGACGUGGCAUUUCGAGUGUGGGCGCGACGAGAGGCCAUAGAUCAGGCAGAGUAUGCAAUGGAGGUGGGCCCUAAAAUCCUGAGUUUUUUUGAAGAGUAUUUCGACUUGCCUUUCCCUCUCCCGAAGAUGGACAUGGUUGCAUUACCCGACUUCUCUGCAGGAGCCAUGGAAAACUGGGGUCUUAUUACUUACAGAGAACAGUACCUCAUGUACAUUCCGGAAGUGUCAACCCCAGAAUCCAAAGCAUCUGUUGCUAACACAAUAUCCCAUGAAUUGGCUCACCAGUGGUUUGGGAAUCUGGUGACUCCCGUGUGGUGGGACGACCUCUGGCUCAACGAGGGCUUUGCUACCUAUAUAAGUUCCCUUGGUGUGGAUCGUGCAGAGCCAACAUGGAAGGUAUUGGAAACAUCUGUCAUCCAAAGAGCUCAUGGUGUGUUCGAUCUUGACAGCCUGGAGUCGUCACACAGGAUCAGCAUUCCCGUUGGUCACCCAGACGAAAUCGCCGAAGUCUUUGAUGGCAUAUCCUAUCAAAAGGGAGCGUCUAUCAUCAGGAUGAUGACCCAUUACCUCACUGAAGCAACAUUUAGGAAGGGGUUGACCAACUACCUGAAAGCUCUUGCAUACAAGAAUGCAGUGCAAGAUGACUUGUGGAAAUAUUUAACAUUGGCGGCUCACGAGGAUGGCAUUCUACCUCAGGAGGUGACUGUUAAGAUGAUCAUGGACACGUGGACGCUGCAGAUGGGAUACCCUGUUAUCCACGUUAAAAGAAGCCUGGAUGGAACCUCCGCCAUUUUGACACAGGAACGUUUCCUUGUAGAAAAGAGCACAAACUCUUCCGACAUGACUGAUUACAAGUGGUGGGUGCCGCUCACUUACACGACCCAGAGUGAGGCCAACUUCAACCAGACUCAAGCCAAGCUAUGGAUGAAGGACUCGGAGGAUUACAUCAUCGUCUUCUCCCUUCCACCCACAGACCAGUGGGUCAUCUUCAACCUGCAGCAGACGGGCUACUAUAGAGUCAACUACGAGGCCCACAAUUGGAAUCUUAUUAUCCAGCAGUUGAAGAAGGACCACCGGGUUAUUUGCCCUAUGAACAGGGCGCAGAUAAUCGAUGACGCUAUGAACGUUGCUAAAGCUGGUCGGCUGAGCUACGAUAUCGCCAUCGGUGUAUAUGCAUAUCUGCGAAAUGAAGAGGAAUAUCUGCCUUGGGCUACAGGUGUCAGUGAACUCACCUACAUAGAAAGUAUGUUCAAACGGAGAAGCGGAUACGGCGCUCUUAAGCGCUACCUCCUGGAUUUAGUGUUGCCGCUCUAUAAAGCUGUCGGAUUCGAUGAGAAGGUAGAUGAUCCUUACAUAGAGCAAAAGAAGAGGAAGAUAGCUGUGCACUGGGCUUGUAAACUGGGCCACAAGGACUGUCUCGACAAGGCGCUCACUCUAUAUAGGCAGUGGAUGGCAAAUUCAGACAACACAAGUUUCAGCCUCAUUUCACCAAAUCUCAAAUGGACGGUAUACUGCCGCGCCAUAAAGGAGGGCGGGGAGGCCGAGUGGGACUUCGCGUGGGACCAAUACCUGAGGACCAACGUCGCCAGUGAGAAGACUCUCCUUCUCUCCGCCAUGGCCUGCACUAAAGAAGCCUGGAUCCUGUCUAGGUACCUUGAGAUGGCCAUUAACCCGGCCAGUGGUAUAAGACUACAAGAUGUUGGUGCUGUAUUAAGAAGCAUCAGUUACAACGACGUGGGACGCUCCUUGGUCUGGAACUACCUCACACGUAACUGGAACGAUAUCUACGCAUUCAAGAAGAGGAGGAGAGGAGAAUUAAUGAAGAGCAUAACAUACAGCUUCAAUACAAAUGAGGAACUUCAUGAGGUCCAGUCGUUUUUGAGGCGGAGGAAGGUGUCCUUGGAAGGGAACCAGAGGAACGUCCAGCAGGCGGAGGAGAAGGUCAAGAACAACGUCGCCUGGAUGGACGCCAACUACGACGUCAUAGUCCAGUGGCUGGAGGAGAACGGUUACUCCUCGAAACUCAGGGUUACAUAAUUUCAUCUUCUAUCUUUGGGGUUUUCUCGUUCAUUAUUGCAUUUUUUAUUGUACAAAUACAAACAUUUUUGCAGGUAUGUUCUGGACUGUUAUAAUCAACUUCGUUGGCAUUCUUAUUGAAUAGGAACUUUAUCCAAGAAUUAUUGUGCUUACUUUUUGUUUUUUGUUUAAAGUGUUAGUACAAGUAAUAAACAUUGGAUGAUUA